CUAGUGGUGAUGAAUAAAUUGCAGCCCUGUCUUUUUCCGAAGGAUUCUAAAACAGGUUUUCAGAAUUAGUGCUGGAUUUUUGCUCCUGCAUGUGUGAGGCUUUCGGAGAAGCCUCCUUUGCAGCAUUCCCCCUUCCGAGGAAUCACUUAGACACUUCCAGCUGGUGGCAGGGGACACAGCCAUAAUACAGCUUCCUCUGUCCCAGCUGUCUUUUUCACUACGCUAAAUGCAUUACGAUGGCUGCACUCUCGUGUAAGGGUUCAGGUAGAGGGAGGUGUAGGAUUAAGUCUGGAGACCGCCGUUGGGGUUUUUAAGGCUUCAGCUUCCCCAGCAUCUUGGCAUUUUGAAUGGCUUCCUGCUUCGGGUCCAAGGUUUCUCUCCACUGAUUGAAAUGCUGCUGGAAGCCUGAUUAAAGGUGCCUGAAGAUAUCACCUUCUACCAGGAAGCCCUGCGUGCUUGAGAGGAUCUUUUUCAAUGCAUUAUGGCUCAUGCAGCCUCACAAUUAAAGAAAAACAGGGAUUUAGAAAUCAAUGCUGAAGAAGAGACUGAGAAAAAAAGGAAACACCGCAAACGGUCCCGGGAUCGGAAGAAAAAGUCGGAUGCCAAUGCAAGUUACUUAAGAGCAGCUCGAGCCGGACACUUAGAAAAGGCCCUUGACUACAUAAAAAAUGGAGUCGACAUCAACAUUUGCAAUCAGAAUGGGUUGAAUGCUCUCCAUCUUGCUUCCAAAGAAGGCCAUGUAGAAGUUGUUUCUGAGCUGCUACAGAGAGAAGCCAACGUGGAUGCAGCUACAAAGAAAGGAAACACAGCGUUGCAUAUAGCGUCUUUGGCAGGGCAAGCAGAGGUAGUAAAGGUCUUGGUUACAAAUGGAGCCAAUGUCAAUGCCCAAUCCCAGAAUGGUUUCACACCAUUGUAUAUGGCGGCCCAGGAGAACCACCUGGAAGUUGUCAAGUUUCUCCUUGACAAUGGUGCAAGCCAGAGCCUGGCCACGGAGGAUGGCUUCACACCGUUGGCAGUAGCUUUGCAACAAGGUCACGAUCAAGUAGUGUCACUCCUGCUAGAAAACGACACGAAAGGAAAAGUGCGUCUUCCAGCUCUUCACAUCGCUGCCAGGAAAGAUGACACGAAAGCUGCCGCCCUGCUGCUGCAGAAUGACAACAAUGCAGAUGUAGAGUCGAAGAGUGGCUUCACUCCGCUCCACAUAGCUGCUCAUUAUGGAAAUAUCAACGUAGCCACGUUGCUGUUAAACCGAGCGGCAGCCGUGGACUUCACCGCGCGGAAUGACAUCACUCCUUUACAUGUUGCAUCAAAACGAGGAAACGCCAAUAUGGUAAAACUAUUGCUUGAUCGAGGAGCUAAAAUUGAUGCCAAAACAAGGGAUGGGCUGACGCCACUGCACUGUGGAGCGAGGAGUGGCCACGAGCAGGUGGUGGAGAUGCUGCUUGAUCGAGCUGCCCCCAUUCUCUCAAAAACCAAGAAUGGAUUGUCUCCACUGCACAUGGCUACACAGGGGGAUCAUUUAAACUGCGUCCAGCUUCUCCUCCAGCAUAACGUGCCUGUGGACGACGUCACCAAUGACUACCUGACUGCCCUGCACGUGGCUGCCCACUGUGGCCAUUACAAAGUCGCCAAGGUUCUCUUGGACAAGAAGGCUAACCCCAACGCCAAAGCCCUGAAUGGCUUUACCCCUCUCCACAUCGCCUGCAAGAAGAAUCGAAUUAAAGUAAUGGAACUCCUUCUGAAACAUGGUGCGUCCAUCCAAGCCGUAACCGAGUCGGGCCUUACCCCAAUCCAUGUUGCUGCCUUCAUGGGGCAUGUAAAUAUCGUGUCACAACUAAUGCAUCAUGGAGCCUCACCAAAUACCACCAACGUGAGAGGAGAAACAGCGCUGCACAUGGCAGCUCGGUCCGGCCAGGCCGAAGUCGUGCGGUAUCUGGUGCAAGACGGCGCUCAGGUAGAAGCUAAAGCUAAGGAUGACCAAACCCCACUCCACAUUUCUGCGCGAUUGGGGAAAGCAGAUAUAGUACAACAGCUGUUACAGCAAGGAGCAUCUCCAAAUGCAGCCACGACUUCUGGGUACACCCCACUCCACCUUGCAGCCCGAGAGGGGCAUGAGGACGUAGCCGCCUUCCUUUUGGAUCAUGGCGCAUCUUUAUCUAUAACAACAAAGAAAGGAUUUACUCCCCUUCAUGUGGCAGCAAAGUACGGGAAGCUUGAAGUAGCCAGUCUCCUGCUACAGAAAAGUGCAUCUCCGGAUGCUGCUGGGAAGAGCGGGCUAACUCCACUGCAUGUAGCUGCACAUUACGAUAAUCAGAAAGUGGCCCUUCUGCUUCUGGACCAAGGAGCCUCACCCCACGCGGCUGCAAAGAAUGGUUAUACACCACUGCACAUUGCUGCCAAAAAGAACCAGAUGGACAUAGCGACAACUCUGCUGGAAUAUGGUGCUGAUGCAAACGCAGUUACCCGGCAAGGAAUUGCUUCUGUCCAUCUUGCAGCUCAGGAAGGACAUGUGGACAUGGUGUCACUGCUCCUCAGCAGGAAUGCUAACGUGAACCUGAGCAAUAAGAGUGGCCUGACCCCACUCCAUCUGGCUGCUCAAGAAGACAGAGUGAAUGUGGCCGAAGUCCUAGUAAACCAGGGGGCACACGUGGACGUCCAGACAAAGAUGGGAUACACACCGCUACAUGUGGGCUGCCACUAUGGAAACAUCAAGAUUGUUAACUUCCUGCUCCAGCAUUCUGCAAAAGUGAAUGCCAAAACAAAGAAUGGGUAUACGCCGUUACACCAAGCAGCUCAACAGGGACACACGCAUAUAAUCAAUGUCUUGCUUCAGAACAAUGCCUCCCCCAAUGAACUCACUGUGAAUGGGAACACUGCCCUGGCCAUUGCCCGGAGGCUUGGCUACAUCUCAGUGGUGGACACCCUGAAGGUGGUAACUGAAGAGACUGUGACCACAACUACUGUCAUAGAGAAGCACAAAAUGAAUGUUCCAGAAACGAUGAAUGAAGUUCUUGACAUGUCUGAUGAUGAAGUUCGUAAAGCCAACGCCCCUGAGAUGCUCAGUGAUGGCGAAUAUAUCUCAGAUGUUGAAGAAGGUGAAGAUGCAAUGACAGGCGACACGGACAAGUAUCUUGGGCCACAAGACCUUAAGGAAUUGGGCGAUGAUUCUCUGCCCGCAGAGGGCUACAUGGGCUUUAGUCUGGGGGCCCGCUCUGCCAGCCUCCGCUCCUUCAGUUCGGAUAGGUCUUACACCUUGAACAGAAGCUCCUUCGCGCGGGACAGCAUGACGAUUGAAGAACUCCUGGUGCCGUCCAAAGAGCAGCAUCUAACAUUCACAAGAGAAUUUGAUUCAGAUUCUCUUAGACAUUACAGCUGGGCUGCAGACACCUUGGACAAUGUCAAUCUUGUCUCAAGUCCUGUUCAUUCUGGGUUUCUGGUUAGCUUUAUGGUGGAUGCAAGAGGCGGCUCCAUGAGGGGAAGCCGGCACCACGGGAUGAGAAUCAUCAUUCCUCCUCGCAAGUGCACUGCCCCCACCCGUAUCACCUGCCGUUUGGUAAAGAGACAUAAACUGGCCAACCCACCCCCCAUGGUGGAAGGAGAGGGAUUAGCCAGUAGGCUGGUAGAAAUGGGUCCUGCAGGGGCACAAUUUUUAGGCCCUGUCAUAGUGGAAAUCCCUCACUUUGGGUCUAUGAGAGGAAAAGAGAGAGAACUCAUUGUUCUUCGAAGUGAAAAUGGUGAAACAUGGAAGGAGCAUCAAUUUGACAGUAAAAAUGAAGAUUUAACCGAAUUACUUAAUGGCAUGGAUGAAGAACUUGAUAGCCCAGAAGAGUUAGGGAAAAAGCGUAUCUGCAGGAUUAUCACUAAGGAUUUCCCCCAGUACUUCGCAGUGGUUUCACGGAUUAAGCAGGAAAGCAAUCAGAUUGGUCCUGAAGGUGGAAUUCUGAGCAGUACCACCGUGCCCCUCGUCCAAGCUUCUUUCCCCGAGGGUGCUUUAACCAAAAGAAUUCGAGUGGGCCUCCAGGCCCAGCCUGUUCCAGAUGAAACUGUGAAAAAGAUUCUUGGAAACAAAGCAACAUUUAGCCCAAUUGUCACUGUGGAACCCAGAAGAAGGAAAUUCCAUAAGCCUAUCACAAUGACCAUUCCAGUGCCCCCGGCCUCCGGAGAAGGUGUCUCCAAUGGGUACAAGGGAGACACCACACCCAAUCUGCGCCUUCUCUGUAGCAUUACAGGGGGCACAUCGCCUGCUCAGUGGGAAGACAUCACAGGAACUACUCCUUUGACGUUUAUAAAGGAUUGUGUCUCUUUUACAACCAAUGUUUCUGCCAGAUUUUGGCUUGCAGACUGCCAUCAAGUUUUAGAAACUGUGGGGUUAGCCACACAACUGUACAGAGAAUUAAUAUGUGUUCCAUAUAUGGCCAAGUUUGUUGUUUUUGCCAAAAUGAAUGAUCCUGUAGAAUCCUCUCUGCGAUGUUUCUGCAUGACAGAUGAUAAAGUGGACAAAACUUUAGAGCAGCAAGAGAAUUUUGAGGAAGUUGCAAGAAGCAAAGAUAUUGAGGUUCUGGAAGGAAAGCCUAUUUAUGUUGAUUGUUAUGGAAACCUGGCCGCACUUACCAAAGGAGGACAGCAACUUGUUUUUAACUUUUAUGCUUUCAAAGAAAAUAGACUGCCAUUCUCCAUCAAGAUUAGAGACACCAGCCAAGAGCCCUGCGGUCGUCUGUCUUUUCUGAAAGAACCAAAGACAACAAAAGGACUGCCUCAAACAGCUGUUUGCAACUUAAACAUCACUCUGCCCGCACAUAAAAAGGAGACAGAGUCAGAUCAAGAGGAUGAGAACGAGAAAACGGAUAGACGACAGAGCUUUGCAUCGUUGGCUUUACGUAAGCGCUACAGCUACUUGACUGAGCCUGGAAUGAAAACAGUUGAACGGAGCGCAGGACCAACGAGAUCCCUCCCCACCACUUACUCAUACAAGCCAUUCUUUUCUGCAAGAGCAUACCAGUCCUGCACAGCAGCUCCGAUGACAGUGCCCGGGCCGGCCACGUCAGGCUUCACUUCCUUAUCAAGUUCCUCCUCUAAUACGCCAUCAGCUUCUCCAUUAAAAUCAAUAUGGUCUGUUUCGACUCCUUCUCCAAUCAAAUCCACGUUAGGCGCAUCAACUACAUCUUCGGUUAAAUCCAUUAGUGAUGUGGCAUCUCCAAUUAGAUCCUUUCGGACAAUUUCUUCGCCAAUAAAAACAGUGGUGUCACAGUCUCCAUACAAUAUCCAAGUUUCCUCUGGUACCCUGGUUAGAGCUCCCACAGUCACGGAGGCCUCGCCUUUAAAGGGGCUGGCAUCCAAUUCUACGUUUUCCUCUCGAACGUCCCCGGUGACUACAGCAGGAUCUCUUUUGGAGAGGUCGUCCAUUACCAUGACACCCCCUGCUUCCCCCAAAUCAAACAUUAAUAUGUAUUCCUCGAGUCUGCCAUUUAAGUCAAUUAUCACAUCCACAGCACCGCUAAUAUCUUCACCUUUAAUGUCAGUGGUGUCUCCAGCUAAAUCAACAGCUGAUAUCAUUUCAUCAGCUAAAGUUACGAUGGCCUCUUCUCUCUCAUCACCCGUGAAACAGAUGCCUGGACACGCAGAGGUAGCAUUAGUCAACGGAUCUAUUUCCCCUCUGAAAUACCCAUCAUCUUCAACUUUAAUUAACGGAUGCAAAGCCACUGCCACGUUACAGGAAAAAAUUGCUACAGCUACACACUCUGUGAGCUCUGUGGUUAAUGGAGCCACUGACGCAGUUGAGAAAGUGUUCCCGACCACCACAGCAAUGCCGUUUUCCCCACUCAGGUCAUAUGUUUCUCCAGCACCAUCAGCUUUUCAGUCUCUAAGAACUCCUUCUGCAAGUGCACUCUAUACAUCCCUCGGGUCGUCGAUAUCUGCAACUACCUCAUCUGUAACUUCAUCAGUAAUAACAGUGCCAGUAUACUCUGUAGUCAAUGUUUUGCCGGAACCAGCAUUAAAGAAACUUCCAGACUCUAAUUCACUUACAAAAUCAGCAGCAGCCUUGCUGUCGCCCAUUAAAACAUUGACUACGGAGACACUUCCUCAGCCCCAUUUCAAUCGAACUUCAUCUCCAGUUAAGUCAUCUUUGUUCCUUGCACCAUCUGCCCUCAAGCUGUCUACGCCAUCUUCUCUGUCUUCCAGUCAGGAGAUACUAAAAGACGUGGCUGAAAUGAAGGAGGACCUAAUGCGGAUGACUGCAAUACUCCAAACAGACGUGCCUGAGGAGAAGCCAUUCCAACCUGAGCUCCCCAAAGAAGGGAGAAUCGACGACGAAGAACCUUUCAAAAUUGUCGAGAAAGUGAAGGAAGACUUAGUGAAAGUUAGUGAAAUCCUUAAAAAGGAUGUCUGUGUGGAUAACAAGGGACCAUCCAAAUCACCAAAGAGUGACAACGGACAUUCUCCCGAAGACGACUGGACAGAAUUCAGUUCAGAAGAAAUAAGAGAGGCAAGACAACAGGCUGCUGCGAGCCAUUCUCCAUCUCCGCCAGAGAGAGCGCAAGUUAAGGCAAAGGCUGCCUCUGACAAGGAUUAUAACUUGACCCAAGUUAUCGAUUACCUAACAAAUGAUAUCGGGAGUAGUUCACUGACGAACUUCAAGUACAAGUUUGAGGAUGCCAAGAAGGAUGGUGAAGAGAGACAGAAACGAAUUUUAAAACCAGCAAUCGCCCUGCAGGAACACAAACUCAAAAUGCCUCCAGCCUCCAUGAGGUCUUCCACCUCCGAGAAGGAGUUAUGUAAGAUGGCCGAUUCCUUCUUUGGAACAGAUACUAUUUUAGAGUCUCCAGAUGACUUUUCUCAACAUGACCAAGAUAAAAGUCCCUUGUCUGACAGUGGCUUUGAAACAAGAAGUGAGAAAACACCUUCAGCCCCACAAAGCGCUGAAAGCACUGGUCCCAAACCACUUUUUCAGGAAGUCCCCAUCCCUCCGGUCAUUACAGAAACGAGAACUGAAGUGGUUCAUGUUAUCAGGAGCUAUGAGCCCUCAGCUGGAGAGGCUCCCCCGUCCCAACCAGAGGAGCCCAUGUCACCCAAACCGUCACCUACGUUUAUGGAGCUGGAACCAAAGCCCACCGCUUCUAGUAUUAAAGAAAAAGUCAAAGCGUUUCAAAUGAAAACCAGUAGCGAAGAAGACGACCACAGUCACGUUCUGGGCAAAGGCAUGCGUGUUAAAGAAGAGACUCACAUAACCACGACCACCAGAAUGGUUUAUCAUUCUCCACCAGGCAGUGAAGGCGCCUCUGAGAGAAUUGAAGAAACCAUGUCAGUCCACGACAUCAUGAAGGCCUUUCAGUCCGGGCGAGACCCUUCCAAAGAGCUGGCAGGUCUGUUUGAACAUAAGUCGGCAGUGUCCCCAGACGUUCACAAGUCUGCUGCUGAAACCUCAGCCCAGCACGCAGAGAAGGACAACCAAAUGAAACCCAAACUGGAGCGUAUAAUAGAAGUCCACAUCGAAAAAGGUAACCAAGCUGAGCCCACUGAAGUCAUUAUUAGAGAAACCAAAAAGCAUCCCGAAAAGGAAAUGUAUGUAUAUCAGAAAGACUUAUCCGGGGGAGAUAUUAACCUAAAAGAUUUUCUGCCAGAAAAACACGAUGCUUUUCCUUGUUCAGAGGAACAGGGUCAGCAAGAAGAAGAAGAACUCACUGCUGAAGAGUCGUUGCCUUCUUAUCUGGAGUCUUCCAGAGUAAACACUCCCGUGUCCCAAGAAGAAGAUAGUCGCCCUAGUUCUGCUCAGCUCAUAUCUGAUGACUCUUAUAAAACACUGAAGCUUUGGAGUCAGCACUCAAUAGAAUACCAUGACGAUGAGUUGUCAGAACUAAGAGGGGAAUCUUACAGGUUUGCUGAGAAAAUGCUUCUGUCAGAAAAGCUAGAUGUGUCUCAUUCUGAUACCGAGGAAUCAGUUACAGACCAUGCGGGACCCCCUAGCUCAGAGUUACAGGGGUCUGAUAAGCGGGCCAGAGAAAAAGUAGUCACUGCCCCCAAAAAAGAAAUUCUCUCCAAAAUCUAUAAAGAUGUGUCUGAAAAUGGUGUAGGUAAAGUGUCUAAGGAUGAGCAUUUUGAUAAAGUGACAGUGUUGCACUAUUCUGGCGAUGUUAGUAGUCCAAAACAUGCCAUGUGGAUGCGCUUUGCUGAGGACAGAUUAGACAGAGGUAGAGAGAAGUUGAUAUACGAAGAUAGGGUGGACAGGACCGUGAAGGAAGCUGAAGAAAAACUGACUGAAGUGUCACAGUUUUUUCGUGACAGAACCGAAAAGCUCAAUGAUGAACUGCAGUCCCCAGAGAAAAAGCCACACCCUAGGAAUGGCAAAGAAUACUCAUCUCAAAGCUCUACCGGUAGCAGCCCUGAGAAAGCACUGCUGACAGAACUGCUGGCCAACAGUGACGAGUGGGUCAAGGCGAGGCAGCGUGGCUGUGACAGACAAGGCUUCCCCAGAGCCGACGAGAAGGACGCAGUCAGUCUGCCCAGCAGCCCGGAGGUGGUUCCUUCCCAACAGACUGAGGAUAGCAAGUCCACGGAGGAAGGCAAAGGAAGUCGUUCACAGAGCAAAGAAUCAGAAGGGCCCCAGUCUGGGUUUCAGCUCAAACAAUCGAAACUCAGUUCCAUUAGAUUAAAAUUUGAACAAGGCGCGCAGGCCAAAAGUAAGGACGUUUCUCAAGAAGACACAAAGCCGGAUGGCCAAUCCAGAAUCCCAGUUAAAAAAAUCCAGGAGAGCAAGCUACCUGUCUACCAAGUGUUCGCUAGAGAGAAACAGCAGAAGGCCAUAGACCCUUUGGAUGAAAGUGUCCCUAUGCAAAAAGAUCUUACAGUAUUCAGAGCUAAAGAUGAGCAUGUCCAGAGCCAUGAAACGGUUGUAAAUGAUUUUGGCUCUGAUGAUGUGAAAAAACAGAGAACUGAAAUCUCAAGUAAAGCAAUGCCUGACUAUUUUUCUGAGCAACAGCCUAAGGACUUGGCAUGUCACGUAACCGCAGAAUUAGCAACCAAGGGACCAUGGGACAAAAAGGUCUUUAGAACGUGGGAAAGUCCUGGAGCCACUAACAAUAAGUCGCAGAAAGAGAAACUUUCGCAUGUACUUGUUCAUGAUGUAAGAGAGAAUCACGUUGGUCACCCUGAGAGUAAAACUGUUGAUCAGAGGGAUGAAUUUCUGUCUGUGACUGAGAGAGAACACAAAUUGUUAACAAAUGGCUCUCUCUCAGAAAUUAAGGAAAUGACUGUAAAAUCUCCCUCCAAAAAAGUCUUAUACAGGGAAUACGGUGUUAAAGACGGGGAACAUCCAGGUGGAUCUCUUGACCAACCUUCCAGGAGAAGUGAGAGCUCGGCAGUGUCGCACAUCCCAGUCAGGGCUGCGGAGGAAAGGAGAACGCCGUCUUCUGACAUUCCCGAUGGUUUUUGCAAGCAGUCGACAUUUCCAAAACAUGAACUAUCACAAAAGUUAUCCCACUCAAGUAUGAGUAAAGAGACAGCUGAGAUACAGCACUUUAAUGCUACAGAAGAUGAAAAAGUUACCUAUUCAGAAAUCAGCAAAGUUUCCAAACGUCAGAGUUACGUAGGCUUAUGCCCGCCUCUCGAUGAAACCGAGCUCUCCCCGACCAAGUCUCCUGAUUCUCUAGAGUUUAGCCCAGGAAAGGAAUCGCCCUCUAGUGAUGUACUCGACCACAGUCCCAUUGAUGGAUUGGAAAAAGUUGCACCACUGGCCCAGACGGAGGGAGGGAAAGAGAUAAAAACUUUACCUGUUUAUGUCAGUUUUGUACAGGUGGGGAAGCAGUAUGAAAAGGAGAUACAACAAGGAGGUGUAAAAAAAAUCAUAAGUCAGGAAUGUAAGACGGUACAAGAGACCAGGGGGACCUUUUAUACAACUAGACAGCAAAAGCAACCCCCUUCUCCCCAGGCUAGUCCCGAAGAUGAUACUCUAGAGCAAGUGUCCUUUCUAGACAGCUCUGGGAAAAGCCCUUUAACCCCAGAGACGCCCAGUUCAGAGGAAGUGAGUUAUGAAUUUACAUCUAAGACACCCGACUCGCUUAUAGCUUAUAUACCAGGCAAACCCAGCCCAAUUCCCGAGGUUUCGGAGGAAUCUGAGGAGGAGGGACAGGCCAGGUCAGCCUCCUUACAGCAGACUGCAGUGGAGGAGACGGCAGCAGUCGGGCGCCACACGCCUAGCAGUGUGAGCACAGACUCUAACCAAAGACUCAGAGCUAACAGGGUUGCCUACAUUGAAUUUCCCCCUCCUCCACCGCUGGAUGCAGACCAGAUGGAGUCCGAUAAGAAACAUCCUUAUCUCCCUGAAAGAGAGGUUGACAUGAUUGAAGUCAGUCUGCAAGACGAGCAUGACAAGUACCGGCUGGCGGAACCAGUCAUCAGGGUGCAGCCACCUUCCCCAGUUCCUCCUGGGGCGGACAUCAGUGACUCCAGCGAUGACGAAUCCCUUUAUCAACCAGUCCCGGUCAAAAAAUACACCUUCAAGUUAAAAGAGGUCGACGACGAACAAAAAGAAGUGACAAAAUCCAAAGCCUCCGCUGAAAAGGCUUCCACCCAGAAAGAAUCAGAAAUGAAUGGAUCUGGAAAAGAUACUGAAUUUGGCCUUGGCCUUGAUUCACCUCAGAAUGAAACGGCCCAGAAUGGGAACAACGACCAGUCCAUCACAGAGUGUUCCAUUGCCACCACGGCAGAGUUUUCUCACGAUACAGAUGCCACAGAGAUCGACUCUCUGGACGGCUACGACCUGCAAGAUGAAGAUGACGGCUUGACAGAGAGUGAUUCUAAAUUCCCAAGUCAAACCCUGGAGCUGAAGAAAGAUGUCUGGAACACGGAGGGCAUUCUGAAGCCAGCUGAUCGCUCCUUUAGCCAAAGCAAGUUGGAAGUUAUCCAGGAGGAGGAGGGAAGGGUGGGGCCAGAUGAAGAGAAGCCACCUUCCAAAAGCCCUUCAUCUGAAAAGACUCCCGCUAAGACUGAUCAGAAGUCGGGGGCCCAGUUUUUCACACUAGAAGGCAGACAUCCUGACAGAUCAGUGUUUCCUGAUACUUAUUUCAGUUACAAAGUAGAUGAAGAAUUUGCCACUCCUUUUAAGACAGUAGCUACCAAAGGUCUAGAUUUUGACCCCUGGUCUAAUAACCGAGGGGAUGAUGACGUUUAUGACAGUAAAUCACGGGAAGACGAAACUAAGCCAUUUGGUCUGGCUGUGGAAGACCGCUCUCCAGCCACCACCCCUGAUACAACGCCAGCCCGAACGCCAACUGACGAAAGUACCCCUACUAGUGAGCCUAACCCCUUCCCAUUUCAUGAAGGAAAAAUGUUUGAGAUGACUCGCAGUGGUGCAAUUGACAUGAGCAAGAGGGAUUUUGUGGAAGAGAGGCUCCAAUUUUUCCAGAUUGGUGAGCAUACUUCUGAAGGGAAGUCAGGGGACCCGGGGGAAGGGGAUAAAAGUACAGUCACUGCCAUACCACAGCCACAGGCAGGGGACACCACUGUAGAAACCAAUCUAGAGGGAAAUGUAGAGGCACCUACAGUGGAACCUAACCCCAGCAUCCCGACCAGCGGAGAGUGUCAGGAAGGCACAUCCGGUAGCGGCUCCCAGGAGAAAGCAGCAGCAGCGGCCACUAACACCUCUAAACUUGACCCCAAGUUGCGCACGCCUAUAAAGAUGGGAAUUUCUGCGUCCACCAUGACCUUGAAGAAAGAAGGCCCUGGAGAAGUGACAGAUAAGAUAGAAGCUGUGAUGACCAGUGGUCAGGGAUUAGAGAAUGAACCUGUAACAGUGAUUUCAAAUACAGCCGAUAGCCACAUGGGCGUUAGGCCCCAAGAAAAACAUGAUUUUCAAAAAGAUAACUUUAAUAACAACAACAAUUUGGAUUCUUCCACUAUACAGACAGAUAACAUUACAAGUCACGUAGUUCUGACAGAACAUUCUGCACCCACUUGUACCACAGAGAGAGCUAAUCCAGUGAAAAGCUCAUCAGGAAAAAGGACAGGGGUACUGCAAGGACACUGUGUGAGAGAGAAACAGAAAGUUCUCGGAGAGCAGCAAAAGACAAAGGAAUCAAUAGGGAUUAGGCGAAAAUCCAAACUUCCCAUAAAGGCCACUUCACCAAAAGAUCUCUUCCCACCAGAUCAUAUGCCAAACAUUCAUGUGAGUAAAAUGAAGCAGGUUAGUCAAUCUGAGAAAACCAAAACCCUUACUGCUUCUUCACGUGUAGAUGUAAAGUCCAGAAUUCCAGUGAAGAAUACACACAGGGAAAACACAGGUUCAGUUAGAAAACCGUGUGCUACACAAAAGCAGGGGCAGCCAGACAGAGGCAAGGCCAAACAGCUUCCAUCCAAGUUGCCAGUAAAGGUAAGAUCCACCUGUGUCACCACCGUCACCACCACCACCACCACCACCACCACAGUUAAAGUUAGGAAAAGUCAGCUUAAGGAAGUAUGUAAACACUCCAUUGAAUAUUUUAAGGGAAUUAGUGGUGAGACCUUAAAGCUUGUGGACCGCCUCUCGGAAGAAGACAAAAAGAUGCAGUCCGAGUUGUCCGAUGAGGAAGACAGUACCUCGAGAAACACGUCGUUGUCCGAGACUUCCCGGGGUGGCCAGCCUUCGGUUACAGCGAAGUCUGCUAGAGAUAAGAAAACAGAGGCAGCACCUUUAAAAUCAAAGAGUGAAAAGGCCGGCAGUGAGAAAUGGAGCAGUAGGAGGACUGGUCCACAGAGUCCAUGUGAACGGACAGAUAUCAGGAUGGCAAUAGUAGCCGACCACCUGGGACUUAGUUGGACAGAACUGGCAAGGGAACUGAAUUUUUCAGUGGAUGAAAUCAAUCAAAUACGUGUGGAAAAUCCAAAUUCUUUAAUUUCUCAAAGCUUCAUGUUAUUAAAAAAAUGGGUUACCAGAGACGGAAAAAAUGCUACAACUGAUGCCUUAACUGCGGUCUUGACAAAAAUUAAUCGAAUAGAUAUAGUGACUCUGCUAGAAGGACCAAUAUUUGAUUAUGGAAAUAUUUCAGGCACCAGAAGUUUUGCAGAUGAGAACAGUGUUUUCCAUGACCCUGUGGAUGGUUGGCAGAAUGAGACAUCAAGUGGAAACCUAGAGUCCCCUGCUCAAGCUCGAAGAAUAACUGGUGGGUUACUAGAUCGACUGGAUGACAGCCCUGACCAGUGUAGAGAUUCCAUUACCUCGUAUCUCAAAGGGGAACCUGGAAAAUUUGAAGCAAACGGAAGCCAUGCAGAAGUCACUCCAGAAGCAAAGACAAAAUCUUACUUUUCAGAAUCCCAAAAUGAUAUAGGGAAACAGAGUACAAAGGAAACUCUGAAACCAAAAAUACAAGGUUCUGGUCGUGUUGAUGAACCAGCAUCAUCACUAGCGGCAUAUCAGAAAGCUCUAGAAGAAACCAGCAAGUUUGUCAUAGAAGAGCCUAAACCCUGUGUGCCUGUCAGUAUGAAAAAGAUGAGUAGGACUACUCCUGCAGAUGGCAAGCCAAGGCUUAACCUCCAUGAAGAAGAGGGAUCCAAUGGGUCUGAGCAAAAGCAGGGAGAAGGUUAUAAGAUGAAGACGAAGAAAGAAAUCCGGCAUGUGGAAAAGAAGAGUCACUCAUAACAGUAAAUGGUCAGUCAAGGUGCCUCCAGGAAGAGGAGACCGAUUUUGAUUGCUACCUUUUACAGAUGAGGAUACUAUGGCUUGGAGAGGUCAUCUGACAUUUCUUCUUUCAAACAGCUGUGACUGGAAGAACUAGGACUUGGCCUCAAGAUUAUUGACACUUCACCUAGUGUCCGAUUCCACUAAGCUGUCUUUCUAAAAUUAGUUAGAAUAAUAAUAAUAAUAGUCAUAUUCUAUAAAAGAUUACUGUAUGCCAGGUACUAGGUAAGAUCAUUACAUACAUUACCUCAUAUAGUCCCCAAAACAAUGCUAUAACGUAAGUACUAUUAUCUCUUUUUUAAUAAACAAGGAAACUGAAGCUUAGAAGAAUUAAAUGAGUUACCCAAGGUCCUAUAGUUAAUGAGCAAAAGGAUAAAAUUUUAACUUAACCAGAGCCUAGCUCUUAACUAUUACUCAUAUUAAUAGUUGAAUAGUACUUGAUGAUAAUCAGAAACCUAAAAGCAAAUUUUGAAUCAAAUGUACGUACAAACGCAAACUGUAGUUAAUUUCUUCAUACAAUACACAGUGAAAGUACUCAGUUUUUUGGUUUAGUUUUUUUAAAUAAAGCAAAACUUCAUAGCCAUAACCUUCAAAAAUACCAUUAGCUGAUUAGUGAGGCUGUGACAACGGAGGUACCCCAGACACACGUUGGAAAAGACUGGAACAGCUGUAUUGUAAACCUCUUUUAGGGAAAUGCUCAGGAUCUCACAGCCACAUGGAAGCCAAGAGCAGCAGCAACAGCACGAGGCUUGCCGGGGGAAACACUUUAUCUGAGGCCAAAAAGUUGACUCAUUUCAUUCACGCCUUCUAAAAAGGACUUGGCCAGCAGUGUGAAGAGGCAAGAGCGACCCCUGCACUGGCCAAAGCCGCGCGCCACUGCAUCCCCGUGUCCAGCGCCUACGUCCCGCCGCCGUCACCACCAUGCCCAAGAGAAAGGCUGAAGGGGAUGCUAAACGAGAUAAAACCAAGGUGAAGGAUGAACCACAGAGAAGACCUGCAAGGUUAUCUGCUAAACCUGCUCCUCCAAAGCCAGAGCCCAAGCCUAAAAAGACCCCUGCAAAGAAGGGAGAGAAAGUACCCAAAAGGAAAAGGGGGAAAGCUGAUGCUGGCAAGGAUGGGAAUAACCCUGCAGAAAACGGAGAUGCCGAAACAGACCAGGCACAGAAAGCUGAGGGUGCUGGAGAGGCCAAGUGAAGUGUGCAUUUUUGACAACUGUGUACUUCUGGUGACUGUACAGUUUGAAAUACUAUUUUUUAAUCAAGUUUUAUAAAAAUGCAGAAUUUUGUUUUACUUUUUUUUCUUUUAAGCUAUGUUGUUAGCAUACAGAACACUUCGUUGUUGUUUUUUGGGGGAAGAGCACAUGUCACUAAUAGAUUGUCUCUGAAGCUGGAUUGACAUGGGAAAGAAACACCUUUCCCGUCUGGUUUUGAGAGACUUCCUCCUGGUUCCCAGGAAGGAGGGGUUCCUUGAUGUUGACACACAGUAGCCACCUUGGCACAAACGCCUUGUGGUGUGGAAAAACUAAAAUUAGUUUUCAUGUCCUCUUCUCCCUCUCCACCUUCAGCAUAGACUUGACUCUCUUAAACCCAGAGACCUGUUGGAACCUGACCCCCCAAAGUUGGUCCAGUACGUCAGGCAAUCUGGACUUCGGAUUGUCACCACUGAGAUGGCGUCCCUCAAAAGAGCAGCGGCUCCUUCUUUAGAUUGUGGAUCUUCAGAUUGAUACUUUCGCCAUUUUCAUUUCCAUUUCCUGAAAGUCAGGGUCGGCUUGUGAAAAGUUGUUAAACAACAUACUAAAUGUGAACUGUCAACCCUCACUCUAAACUUUCCCUGUUCAGAGCAUCACAUGAAGACUUCAUGGGGUUUUAUAGUGGCUUUCUGAUUUUGGUAGUCCAUUGCAAAAGGGAGUUUGAAAGUUGUUGUAUACUGUUAACGAUUGUCUGCCCAUGUCCUGCCUGAAAUACCACGAUUGUUUAUGAAAAGUAUCUUUAAUAAAGCUGGAUACAGUUUGGGAAAAAAAAAAGGACUUGACCUUCCACCUUGUUUAGAGCGAAAAGGCUAGUCAUAAUAUACAGUGGUGAAUAAAACGUCCACGGCCCCUGCCCUUCUGCAUCUCUCAGCAUGCAAGGGGGAAAGAGAUGGAACAUGAAUUGUUUAAGGGCUAAAAAUGCAAACUCCAAGAUCCAAUGGAAGAGUAGCACAGAAACAUAUUUAGACUUGGGGGCUGGGGAAAGUCCCUCGGAAGUCAUGACAUUUAUGCUAAGACCUCGUAGGUGGUGCCAACAAUGUAAAGAAUGGGGAGAAGGAGAAGAGGACUCCAGCAGAGAGUACAAAGUGUGCAAGAGCCCUGAGGCAGGAAAAGGCCUAACACGUUUGAGGAAAUGAAAGAAGAUUAGUGUAACAGAGCCUGAUGAGCUGGUGGGGGUUGAGGCAGGCCCAUGAUGAAGUGAGAAAUGCCUCAUCAUAGGCCAGAAUAUAGGAUUUGUAUUUCAUUCUAAAAAAAAUGUGAAGCCUUUGAAAGAUUUCAAGCAAGAGUCUGACCUGAUGUUUUACUUAUUUUUUUAAGCACACCAGCUAUGUAGAGAAGGAUUGGAGGGAAAACAAGAAUAAACUGAAGGAGGUGAGCUAGGAGGUUAUUGCUGUAGUCCAGCUAAGCCACCAUGGUGGCAGGGCUAGGACCUGGGCAGCAGUUUUAGGAAAGUCAACAGUAUCUGAUGGCUUGGGGUUAGGAUGGAGAAGAAGGGUUGAGUCAAGGAUGAUGCCUUGACUCAAGGUUUCAAGGGUAAGCAGGUGGGCGGUGGAAAAAGAAACAGGAUGGGUUUUAAGAAGAAUAUCAAGCACUCAGGCUUUUGUCGAUACACAAGUCUGGAGCUUUGAGGAAAGGUUGGACUAGGCGUAUAAAAAUGUGAGUGUUAUCACUAAAGAGGUGAAUACUGAAUAUCAGAGAAAGGGAACACCAGAGAAUAGGUGUGAUUACCUAGGGAGAAAGUGAAAGUGAGCAAAGAAGGGGCUCAGGAUCGAGCCCCAAAGAACAACAUUUUGAAGAGGAAUAGAGAGCUGUAAAAGGUUGCCUCUGACCUCUUCCUUCCUAGAGAUCUCCAAGCUGUGCUAGCUCCUCUAAUCUAUAAUCAUAUUCAGCCUCGGCCCUCUAGUAUAUACUUUUAAAUUUUUUUCAUAGCAUAUUCUUUUCUGAAGAUAUUUCUAAUCUUACUUUUAUUCCUUUAUGCAUUAUAAAUGUAGUUCUCUCAUAUUCUGUGUAUAAUAAUUCUAAAUUGGAACCCAGUGCAGGACUGUUUCUGCUGGUUCUUGCUCAUUUUUUCCCCUGUGCCCCUGGUCCUCUAGUAUAUUUGUUUGGUUUUACCCAAAAUAUUUUAAUCCAUGCAGUUUAGUAUCAGUGGAUGAAAGAAACUUUCCUAUAAUGCAGAUUAGCUGAUAAGCUUUUGUAAAUAACUGACCAUGCACAUUUAGAGCCCCUUUACUUCUUAGUUUGUGACACACACUGUGUAGGUGGUCGGGGGAGUCCAGCAUUGAAGACAUUAUCCUAAUAUUACUCAGCCAUUAAAAAAAGAAUGAAAUAAUGCCAUUUGCAGCAACAUGGAUGGACCUAGAGAUGAUCAUAUUAAGUGAAGUAAGCCAGACAAAGAUAAAUAUCAUAUGAUAUCACUUAUAUGUGAACUCUUAAAAAAAAAAAAAAAAAGAUACAAAUGAACUUAUUUCCAAGACAGAGACUCACAGACAUAGAAAACAAGCAUAUGGUUACCAAAGGGAGGAGAGGGGGAGGGACAAAUUAGGAGGCUGGGAUUGAUAUAUACACACUACUGUAUAUAAAAUAGAUAAUCAACAAGGACCUACUGUAUAGAACCUGGAACUAUACUCAAUAUUUUGUAAUAACCUAUAAGGGAAGAGAAUCUGAAGAAGAAUAUAUAUACAUAUAACUAAAUCACUUUGCUGUACACCUGAAUCUAACACAACAUUGUUAAUCAACUCUACUUCAAUUUUUAAAAAUAUAUUAAAAAAAAAAAGACAUUAUCCCCAGCAUCACCACUCACUUGAGGGCAUAUAACUGUACAGUCUAGUCCAAGAGGCAAACAUGAUAGUAAGUUACACAAAUCAAAGCACAGAGCUAUGAUAAAAGAUAUAAAAAUAUCACUAGGAGAAUCCACUGGAAGAUGUAGUAAACACCAAUGGAGGAGAUCUUGCAAAGCUUCUUGAAGUGCAUAUUUGAACUGGCUUUUGAAGAAAGGGUAGGAUUUAAGACUGGGCAGUGUGAUAUGUGCUAUGCUCAGGAGUUUGGCCUUUAUCCCAGAGACAGUAAGGUACCACUGGAAGUGUUGUCGAAGGAGAAUAAUACAGUCAGUUGGGAUUUAGGUAACCCUAGUGGUAGGAGAGGGAGUUAGUGGUGAGGAGAGUUUGAACACGAGGACCCCAGUUAUGAGACAGGAUGAGGGCCUGAUCCUGGGCAGAGACGACAGAAAGGAGAGGGCUGAUGUGAGGGACAUUUCAGAAGUAUAACAACCAGACUAAUUCCAUAGAGGGAGUGAGGGUUGUGAUCCUGUGUGUAACUACUAACAAAAAUAUAGAAGCUAAGAAAAGGAAAACAAAAUUCGGGACUGAAAUAGGUCAAUCUGUAGUGCCUUAAAUAUUUGUCAGUGAUGAGGAAGAGAAAUCUGGGCUAGCAAUCUUAACGUGGUUACAGAAGUGGCCUGAGUGAACGUAAAUCACACGCUUACUAGCUGUGUAAGCUUAGCCAGCUUAUUUCACUUCUGUGCCUUAAUUUCCUCGCCUCUAUUAGGAUAAGAGUAACAUAUCUCACAGAACUGUCGUUAGAAUUAAACAAGUGAAUCCAUGUAAAUCACUUAACAGUGACUGGCAAGCCCAUAGUAAGCCCUCAGUAAAUUCAGCUAUUAUUAGUAGUGCUAAGAGGUGGGGGCAGGAAGAUAAAUCAGGAGCUUGGGAUGAACAUAUACACACCACUGUAUAUAAAACAGGUAAACAACAAGGACCUACUGCAUAGCACAGGGAACUCUACUUAAUAGCUUGUCAUAACCUGCAAUGGAAGAGAAUCUGAAAAAGAAUAUAUAUGUAUAUAUAACUGAAUCACUGUGCUGUACACGUGAAACUGACACAAGAUUGUAAAUCAACUCUACUUCAAUUCUUUAAAAAUGAUGUAGAUUUUUUAAAAAGAGAGAGGUGAGACAAGAGCCGAGACUAGCACCCGAAGAGCCUGGAUUCAGGAGGCCAGUGGACAGAGCAGCAGCCGCCAGGUGUGCUAGAACACAACGGUGGGAGAGGUCGGGACAGCAGCAUCGCUGAAGUCCUCUGCGUGUCACGUCGGUUUAUAAUUCAGAACACUUUCAAUUAUUUCCUAUGACUCGCUUCUCACAGUAGCCCUGGGAAAUCAUUAAAAUAGGUAUUCUCAUUCCUCUUUACUAAGGAGAGAGAGCAAAAUCGCCGAAGCUAUAGUUAAUAAAUGACAUGUUCGGUUUGUGACCUAGGCCUCCUGAUUCUGCUUCCAGGAAGUCAGAACUAUGGUCUGAAUUGCUUCACUCCAGAUUCAGGACCCUGCCCUCCAGAAUCUUUUCCAGAAUCCAUCUGAAGUAGAUAAUGUUUUUAUGUAGUGUUUUUCAUUUUUCUUUCCCUUUAAAAAAAUCCCUAAUUAACCAAAAGCAGGGGUCUAGAGCCAGGUGGCUUGACUUCCAAUUCUGGCUCGCCCAUGUACUAAAUGUGCCACCAGUAUAAUAGCUGUAUGGCUCUAUUUUCUUAUUAGUAAAAUGGAAGAGAUAGUACCUCGCUGUUAUUAGGAUUAAAUGAGUUCCACCUUAGAACAGUGCCUGUUAAUAAUAACAACAUUAUUAGUUGUACUACUAAGUUAACUAUACAACUUUAUUAGGGUUAUAUUUUUCUUCUAUAGCCAACAUGUACAUCAGUACUUCACCAGUAAUUACUUUUCAUUUUUGUAAAACUGGCCCUGUGACCUCAGAUAUUUUUUUAAUCACAAGUCACUAGAAAAGAACAAACAAAAAUUAAGCCCCACUUAUUGGUAUUAGUUGAAGAACAAAUCUACACAAACUGGGAAUUAUUUUUAAAUGGUGCAGUAGUUUAUUAUGAUUACAUAAAGUAGUUAGAAUUAAUGCUUAGGAAAAAAUGUUUUUAGCUCCAUGACUUCCUUAAGAAGAGAGAGAGAAAAGGAGAAGGAAAGGAAAGAGAGAGGUGGGUUAGGAAGAGAACUAGAAUAACAAAUUCUCUGUUCUCAGUGGGCUAUAGGGAAGGCAUAUCAGAAAAGACUUUCCUUAGGGCAUAACACAGCUAAGUCUUUAAAGAUGAGUAAGAGUGAGCCUACAGGGACUUCCCUGGUGGUCCAGUGGCUAAGACUCUGCGCUCCCAAUGCAGGGGGACUGGGUUUGAUCUCUGGUCAGGGAAGUAGAGCCCACAUGCUGCAUGCAACUAAAGAUCCUGCAUGCCGCAACUAAGACCCAGUACAGCCAAAUAAAUAAAUAAAUAUUAAAAAAAAAAAAA